AUGGCUAAUGCAUCAAAUCCGGUUCUCCAGAUUAGAGCGCACCUGCUGUUAACCACUACACCACGCUGGCUCUGCACAGCAUGCAUAUAUACUGAGUGUGGUACAGUGUAUGAUGUUUGCUUGUUUAAAUACCUCUUAGGUUCUGUCGACCUGGCAUAUUGUGAUACACUCUAUACAGACCUUAAGAAAGGCCUUGAGGGGCUAAUCCUGGAAAGUUGCCUUCAUUUACUGUAUCUGACCACACCGUAUGAUAUGGUUUCCCAGUGUAGCCCAGAUUGGAUGAUCUAUUUUAAACAGUACAAUCAGCUAACUCCGGCCGAACAGCAAGUAGCAGCCACUGUUGGAGUGCCAGAGAGCUUCAUAACUAAAAAGGCUUCUGGACAAGCCAUCAAGAAGAAUGUGGACAACGGCAGUGUCGAUAGACUGUACCUGUCCCUUGUUCUUCAUGCAUUGUUGAAAGAGACCAAUAUAUGGAGUGUGGCAGAAAAAUUUAACACAUCGCGCGGAUUUGUUCAAACCCUCCUGAAUUCGGCUGCUUCAUUCUCCUCCUCAGUUCUGCAUUUCUGUGAGGAACUGGAUGAAUUUUGGGUUUACAAAGCUCUCUUCACAGAACUUAGCAAGAAACUGACCUAUUGUGUUAAGGCUGAACUCAUUCCUCUUAUGGAAGUGGCAGGAGUUCUGGAGGCCCGAGCCAAGCAACUCUACAACACGGGCUAUAAAACUUUAGCUCACUUGGCAAAUGCAGAUCCAGAAGUCCUGGUGAAGAUGAUUGAGCAUUUGUCCAGGCGCCAGGCUCGACAGAUAGUUUCUUCUGCAAAGAUGCUGCUGGCUGAAAAGGCAGAGGCUUUACAAGAAGAGGCUGAAGAAUUGCUGCGGAUACCUACAGACAUUCCUUGAAGCUUCCUGAUCACUCUUCAGUAUGAACGUGAAAAUCAAUGAAUUUACAACCUAAUUUAUAUGUAGAUAUAUUUAUAGCUUGCUUAUAUAUUUGUAACCGAUUUUAAUUUGAUGAGAAUAAAAAUGUGUAAGUGAUUUUAAUGUGAUGAUAAUAAAAAUUCCUUCCAAAUCCA